CCUCCCUCUGCUGCUCCCUGCACGGUAUGACCGUCAAAGUGCAGGGACUCCAUGCUAUGGAGGAGCUGAGCGUAAAUGUCCGAGGUGAAUGGACCCCUUUGGGGGAGUUAGCCGAGCAGUGUGGCUACAGGCUGGAAAGACAAGAUGCAGAAAUUAUAAUUGCUGCUCCAUUCAUUACAUGUGGCGUCACAGUAAAGGAUGGAAAAUACACACUUUCUCUUCAGGUGGGAGGGAAGACUUUCACACUGGCCUGUCCCGUCUCUCCCCAUGAAGAACUCUCACUGACCCGUCAGCCUGUGUUCAACAGCCCUCCUCAUCUCACCAGAAGGCCAGCAGAGCACAUGCCAGAAUCCCUGGACCCAUUUCCAUGGGCUCCACCUUUCUACCUGGCCCCCCCUUAUUACCCCCACCCUACAUAUCAACACAGGUAUCCUAGUCCUGAUGAACGCACUGCAGAUAUCCCUCCUACCCCCUCAUCUUCAACUCCUGACCCUACAGUUAGUCCUCAUUCUUUCCUCCCUGUUGCUUCCCAGUCAGACUAUCAGAACUACAACUCUUACCCCAUUCGAGUCGCAGAGCCUUAUACACAUUUCGGUGUCCACGGUUCUCUGCCUUCUACGGUUGAAGCGCAGGAUUCUGGUCGGGUGUAUCCAGAUCUAUCAGACAGCCCUGUGCUAGGUGUCUCCGAGCGGCAUAGUGCUGCCCGUUCCGUCUCCUCAAAUACAGGCUUACUAAUUCAAGUUGAAUCCCCACCUCCUCUCCAGCCCCCCAACCAUGCCUUCAAUCCAUACUAUCACUACUACCAUCACCCUAAAAUCCCUCUCCGUGUCCCGCCUCAAGACCCUUAUCCAGGCCUCGAGGUUCCCAGAGAAGUGUCUUUAACUAAUCCUAAUAACCCUGAGAAUCUGGUGUUGCCCCACAACAUGCAGCAGUCUGAGGCUCAGAUACCACAGGCUUCUCAUCCCCACACCAUUCCAACUAGUCCUCCCAAAGCCUCUGCACUGUACACACCUCAUCCUCCAGAUCCCUAUCCAAACCACUACUCUCAUUACUUUCCACAUGUUGUACAGGGCGAGGCCAUAAGAUUGGCGCCUCUCAAUCCUGACACGGCUGCAAAAGCCAAUUUGCCUAAUCAUCAAAACUCAAAGUCUAACGCCUUCAUUCAUCCACUUCCUUGUUCAUCACAGGUUCAUGACGGAUACAACUUAAAUACUGUUGAUUCCCAAAACGCAGACAAAAUAAUGAUCUUUCAAAAGAAUAGUCCAGAAGGGAUCAAACCUCCACUUUUCUCAGAACUAAAUGUUGAGCUGGAUGCUCCUGUGGCCCCAGCAGUCCAACCUCCCCUCCCCCACACUUACCCUCCUAGGCCCAGCGCUGUUGCAGCGCCACCUCCCGAACAACCCUCCGUCCCCACUCCAUCACCCAACCAUAAUCUUCCUCCUUACCCAUACAACCCGUAUUAUCUCUACUACCAGAUGUAUUAUGAACCUGAGGGUUUACACGAUCGCGUCUCUCCGACUUCCUUCAAAGAAGUUGUGGAGCAUCUCCCCCGAGCGUCUUCCUCCCCAACUCGGCAUUCAUCCUAUACCAAUCAACAAACCACUACUCCACCCACAAAACCAGCGCAUGAUGUUCACAAUGACCCCCUACAUCCUUACUACCACUAUUAUUAUUCCUAUUAUAACACACCGCAACAUCCAUAUGAUGCUUUUGGACGUCCUGGUGGCGAAAAAGCAGAAGAGAGGCUGGAUAAUGAAAUGAAAGAUCUACUCGGAGCUGUGUUUUCCACGCCCUCUGCCUCGCCCCAGGGCCUUGGCCGUGCGUCAUAUUUCGACUGCAGCAUCUCUCUGGGCUGCUGCUCGUACCCUGUGAAGGACUGUACAAUGGGACAACAUUUAAUCUUUGCGAUGCCGGACUCCGUGGUGGAGCCCUCGGUGGCUCAUCCCCCUGAGGGCAGUAAUGUGUCCUGCACUCUGCAGAAGCUGACCCCUGACCUCUACGCUGUGCCGCUGGACGGCUGUGGAGUGAGCAAACAUGUGUUUGGUCAGACUGUGGUUUACCUGUUGGAAGUCCUCGCUCUUCAACAAGACCACAGCGCUGAGCUACAGAACUCUCCCAUCAGGUUGAUGGUGGAAUGUAUCUCCUUCCCGGGUUUCCCAAGUGAAGUGAAGCUCCACGUGAUGGAUCCACCUCCUCCACCUCCCGUUCCCUCUACACCAUCCAUGGGCACUCUGCUACUCAGAAUUGCCACAGACGAGACCUUCACCAGCUUCCACCCCGAGGCUCACCUGCCUCUCAGCCUCAUGCGAGGCAGAUCCGUUUAUAUGGAGGUGAACCUCCUGGACCCCCCCGAGCCCGGCCUGGUGCUGCUGGUCCACUCAUGCCUGGCUUUCACUCAAGCUCCAUAUGCCAGUUGGAUGCCGGUUUAUGAUGGGUGUGGUGGUGACUCACAGCUGCUUCCGUCUCCGCGCUCUAACCCUCACCACCUCCGGAGGUUCAGUUUCUCUGGCUUCCGGUCUCUAGACUCAGAAAGUCCUGAAGGAGGAUACUCUCACCUGGGGGACCCAGAGAUCUACUUCUUGUGCUUGACAGAAGUGUGCUCUGCUGCAGGAGGGCACUGCACUGUGGGCUGCAUCAACGGUCCAAACGGUGGUGUAUGAGCAAUGAAAUAAAUACUUUUACACAACUGCACUCUGGUUUGGAAAUAACAGAUACACAAGUCUUAGUGGAUGGGAAAAGCCCUCG